UGAAGCCGGAAGACUGAAGUGGGCGCUGGGUGCUGGUCCCGGUUGUGUUUAUGUCCUCGUUUUAUUCGGAUUUAUUACAUUUAAAAACUCUUUUUAAGAAUAACCGCUGCUUAAACAUGCGCAUCUGACCCCUGGGCCGGGAUGGCGAGAGCGGCUGGAGACAUCAUUCAUUUAAACGUCGGAGGGAAAAGGUUCAGCACCUCCAAGCAGACUCUGACAUGGGUUCCAGACUCCUUUUUCUCAAGUCUCUUGAGUGGACGGAUAUCCACGUUAAAAGAUGAAACGGGCGCGAUCUUCAUAGAUCGAGAUCCGUCUCUGUUUGCCCCCAUUCUGAACUUUCUGCGCACUAAGGAACUGCAUCCCAGGUCUAUAGAUGUGCAUUUAUUGAUGCAUGAAGCUGAGUUCUAUGGAAUCACUCCAUUAGUGCGUAAGCUGCAGCUGUGUGAUGAAUUAGACCGAUCGUCAUGCGGCACGGUGCUGUUUAAUGGCUACCUGCCCCCUCCAGUUUACCCAGUGAAGCGCAGGAACAGACACAGCGUGGCGGGUCCCCAGUUUAUGGGCGGUCGAGCUGGGACAUUAGAGCGAGCGCCCGUCAGACGCAGUAACACCAUGCCACCCAACCUGGGCAACACGGGCAUGCUGGGUAAAGCUGCUACAGAGGAGAGAGUGACAGGUCAAGGUUCAGAUCCUGGAAUGGUUCGGAUCAUAUGUGGACACCACAACUGGAUUGCUGUGGGCUAUGCACAGUUUGUGGUCUGUUACAGGGUGAAGGAGUCGACAGGCUGGCAGCAGGUGUUUACGAGUCCCAGGCUGGACUGGCUCAUCGACAGGGUGGCACUCAAUGCCAAGGUCAUGGGUGGGUCUCUGGGAGACAACGACAAGAUGGUAGCUGUGGCAUCAGGAACUGAGAUAAUAUUAUGGGCUAUUUGUCCUGAUGGCAAUGGCAAUGAGAUCGGUGUGUUUAGCCUCAACGUUCCUGUAGAGGCUCUGUUCUUCGUGGGGAAUCAGCUGAUUGCCACCAGCCACACAGGGAAAGUUGGGGUGUGGAACGCUGUGACCAAACACUGGCAGAAUCAGGAUGUGGUUCCUAUUAACAGCUACGACACCGCCGGCUCCUUUCUCAUCCUCGGCUGCAACAAUGGAUCCAUUUAUUACAUAGACGUGCAGAAGUUUCCACUGCGAAUGAAGGAUAACGAUCUGUUGGUGACAGAACUGUACAGAGAUCCAAGCGAGGACGCCAUCACGGCCCUCAGCGUCUACCUUACACCUAAAACAAGUGACAGUGGGAACUGGAUCGAGAUAGCAUACGGCACCAGUUCAGGUACAGUGCGUGUGAUUGUGCAGCACCCAGAGACGGUGGGCUCUGGACCCCAGCUCUUCCAGACCUUCUCUGUCCACCGCAGCCCUGUUACUAAAAUCAUGCUGUCAGAAAAACACCUCAUCUCAGUGUGUGCAGACAACAACCAUGUCCGCACCUGGACCGUCACGCGUUUCCGAGGCAUGAUCUCCACCCAGCCCGGUUCCACCCCCCUCACCUCCUUCAAGAUCCUCUCGCUGGACGACAUCGACGGACACGGAGGCUGCGCUGCUGGCACCGAGAUUGGUCCUUACGGAGAGCGUGAUGAGCAGCAGGUGUUUAUCCAGCGUGUGGUUCCUGACACAGAUAAGCUGUAUGUGCGACUCUCCUCCAACGGCAAGAGGGUAUGUGAGGUGCGCUCGGUGGACGGCACCUCCAUCACUGCAUUUGUGGUCCACGAGUGUGAGGGGUCCAGCCGCAUCGGCUCCCGGCCACGCAGAUACCUCUUCAGCGGCCAUAGCAAUGGCAGCAUCCAGAUGUGGGACCUCACCACGGCGAUGGAAAUUGCUGGGAAAGUUGACAUCAAAGCUCUUGGAGGUCCUACAGAAGAGGAGUUGUUGGAGCUGUUGGAUCAGUGUGACUUGGCACUGACCAGAACACCAGACAUGAGUCCAGCUGCUUCACUGACGCACUCCACCCGCAACUCCACCUGCAGUCUGCAGUCCCAGCUGAGUGAGAGCAGCCGUGGAGGUGCGAGUUCUGCUCGCUCGACGAUCCCCCACACAGGAAGUCUUCCCCGUCAGGUCCCUUUUCUUCCUUUUGGCAGGCCGCGGGACCUGCCGCCUCACCUGGGCCUCAGCCAGUGCUCCCUGGCCAGCAGCGCCAGCGGCAGCGGGAGUCCCCACCCGGGCAGGGCUGUCCAGGAGCGGGACAAAGAGCGUGACGCUCUUCGCAGAGGCAGCUUCGUGGAGCGCUGCCAGGAAAGAGCCAAAAACUCAGAUUUAGCUGGAAUGGAGGGAGGUAGGCGGAGUUUAGCUGUAUGUACUGAACUGGAGGCGCGUUUGGGCUUCAGAGCGCACACAUCAGCAUCUUUAUCAGCAUCAGCAUCAUCAGCUAGAAGACCUGCAGUGCCAAGCCCCACCCCCUCGCCGGUCAGUCCAGUACGGUCGCAAAUGCCAGUGUCUCCGAGACGAGGACCGACGUCACCAGUUAGUGAAGCCACACCCCCAGAGGCGGGGCCUAAACCUGAAAGCCCCAUCUCCCCACCACCCACCAGCCCUAAGCCACAUAUGAAUGAGACCAGCUUCUGAUUGGCUGCUUUAUAAAUGCUGCAGCAUCAAGUGACCAGUUAGUGGAGUUGGUGCAAAGUAGGCGGGGCCUAAAUCAGAAUGUCCUGGCCUCCUAACCGUAAACCAUCCAUCCAUCCAUCCAUUUUCCAAGCCGCUUCUCCGUCAGGGUCGCGGGGGGGUGCUGGAGCCUAUCCCAGCAGUCUUCGGGCGGAAGGCAGGAUACACCCUGGACAGGUCGCCAGUCCAUCGCAGGAUAUAUAUAUAUAUAUAUAUACCACAGACAACAAGAUCAGCUUCUGAUUGGCUGCUUUGGAACACUGCUGAAUGAUUUACAUUAUCUGUAAUGAUUGUCAGUGACUAAUUAGCAAAGCCAUGCCCAAGAGGCAGGGCCUACACCAAAGCUCCGCCUCCCAACCAGCCCUAAACAACUUGUACUUGAGUAGCUGUUGUGAAAUACUGCUGAAUGAUUGGCAUCAUCUGUGGAUGAUUGUCAGUGUGUUAAUUACUGAUUAAUGAAACCACGCCCCGGAGGUGGUGCUUAUCCCAAAGCCCCACCUUCGCACAAGCCUUGACUUGUGUAUUAUUGAGGCAAGCUCUUUAUUGGCUGCUUUGGAAGUUGUGCUGCAUGAUAUGCAUAUAUCUGUGGAGCAUGGUCAGUGAUUGAUUUAAUGAAACCACGCCCAGGAGACAGGGUCUGCAGCAAAAAGCAAUGCUCCCUACCUGCUUUGAACCAUAUAUAAAAGGGAUCAGCUUCUGUUUGGUUGCUUGAAAAGCAGUCCAGCAUUAUGAUAUUGUUUUGUUGAUUACUGUCUGUGACUGAUUAAGCAACGCCCUGGGGCAGGACCAAAACUUGAAAGCCCUGCCUCCUCGCCACUCACCAGCCCUAAGUCAAAUAUUGAACAAGACCAGCUUUUGAUUGGCUGCUGUGGAGGUGCUGCAACAUGAUAGACGUUGUCACUGGAUGGUUGUCAAGUCACUGGUUAGUGAAGCCACUCCUGAACUGUGGGAAGCUCUGCCUCCCUAUCAGUCCUAAACUACAUAUAAAUGGGGUCAGCUUCUGAUUGGCUGCUUUGAAAGCAGUCCAGCAUUUUUUACGUUGUCUGUGGAUGAUUAAGCCACGCCCGAGACCAUCUUCUGAUCGCCCACUUUACAAGUACUGCAGCAUGAUUGACAGUCUUACUGGAUGAUUAUUGCUCCGUGAUUUGUGAAGCCAUACCUCCGGGGCAGGACCUGAAGUGAAGCUCCGCCCACCCACCUACCCUAAAUCAGAAUCAUCAGAAUCCUUUAUUGAUCCCAGAGGUAUCAAUUAAUGUCUUCUUCUGAUUGCCUGCAGCACGAUUGACAUUAUCACUGGAUGAUUGUCAGCCUGAGUAAAGCCACACACAGAGGCAGGUUCUACAUCAAAGCCACGCCUCCCAAUCUGUUCUAAACUAUAUGUGAACAAGACCAGCUUCUGAUUGGCUGCUUUGGAGAUGAAGAAUGAUGGACAGGGUCAUGAAUAGACCAGAGAUUAACAGCAUUAACUAAUGUUGGCCACGUUAUCUGUGUUGUUGGGUGUCAGUGGAAAGUAGCGCUGUUUAAUCUGGACAUGGUUUUUAAAACUGCAUUUAAAAAAGAAAAAAGACUUAAAUGAUGUCUUCCAGGACUCAAAACGGGUGAUGCUCAGUAUUGCAGUGUGCCCCUGUACUGUAGCAUGUGUGAUGAUGUAAUGAAGAAUUCAUUGCCUCAUGUGAUGCAUGAGUUGAGACCAGUGAGUUUGCGUUUCCACUGCAUCCGCCUUUUGACUUAAACCUCAGAAUCAUUGUCUCAGAAAAACCUUUGAUAGGCUCUUGCAUGCAUUUACAGGAAUGACUGCUCUGUAAAGCGAAGUCAGAUACAUAAUCAUGUGACUCAGUGCGUUGAAGGGGAAUUCCGCCAGUUGGAAACCUCUCAACAUUCCAGCCUUGUCAUCUAAACUAAGCCAUUCAGAGUGGUUUCAUGGUAAAAGGCUCGUUUUAGACAAAAUUAUAGACAUAUGUUCUGUGUGCCAUAUAGAACCCUCUAUUUAGAACCGUCUGUAGCACAUUCAUGCACGUUUCCCAUCAAUCUGAAGAACCAUUUCAUGAUGCAAAGAACCCUUAAUCAUACAGAUGGUUCUGUUGUGUGUUCAUCAUUGUUCAUCAUUCUAUAUAGAGCCAUUUUCGUUGCCAAAGAACCCUUGAAGAACCAUCUUUUUAAAGGUGUGCUAUUCAAACGUUUGGAAUCACUUCGUAGUAAUAAAUGUUCAGUAGCAGUUUAUAUGCUGCAGAUUGAAGUUAUAAGCUACACUCUUUAGUCAAGGGAAUGGUUCUGUUUAGAACCGUAAGUUCUGUACAGAACCAUUUCAUGCUUGUCACCAGUCAGCCAUAACAUUCUGACCACCUCCUUGUUUCUACGCUCAUUGUCAAUUUUAUCAGCUCCACUU